AUAACACAAGGUAUCUAACUCCGAAUGAGGUAAACCACCCCCUCCCGUGUGUUGCAGUCGUUUUCGCUUUUAUACGAAAUGCAAUGCAAAAGUGUUUAGUACCAUUUUCUUCUACAAUAAAUUAUCUAAACAACCAUAUAUAGCAUGCUUACUUUUGUUGUAUUCUAAUGUGCAUAAUCUGCGUCAAAACAUGAUAGACUCCAAUUGAACCGUAGGCACUGACAUGAUAGUAUCGCAGAGAAUAGUAAAUCGGAUUCUGAUUGGCUAGGAGUCGGUUUCUAAAAUAACACAGGAAAACUGAACGAGUUAUUUAUAGCCUCGAAGGGAAAACAUUAACAUGGAUGCCAAACAAGUCGCGGCCGUAGAAGUUGUUAUAGAAGGGCAUAAUCUUCUUAUAUUAGGACAGAGUGGUACGGGGAAAAGCUAUUUAAUCACUAAAAUACGUGAAAAGUUUAAAAACUCUGGAAAAUGUAUAGCUGUAACAGGAACUACAGGCGUGGCGUCCCUGAACAUCGGCGGUGUGACAAUUCACUCGUGGUCGGGUAUUGGAGAUGGCAGAUUUUCUAAUGAAAAACUGCAUACGAAAAUUUUACAUGACGAACAUUUCGUAAAAUACAAACACAACAUACAGAAAACAGAUAUUUUGAUCAUCGACGAGUUGUCCAUGCUUUCCUUGAAACUUUUUAACCAACUAGAAUAUAUAUGUAGAACAAUUCGAGCAAAUGACAAUUACUUUGGUGGCAUUCAAGUUGUAGGCAUAGGGGAUUUUUUCCAACUGCCCCCUGUCCCUGAUGCAUUGAAACUAGAUUCUGGUGACUUUUGCUUUAAAUCUAAAAAAUUUUCGAGUGUGUUUAGACACAAAAUAAUAUUAGAGAAAGUGAUGAGACAAGAUGAAGCAGACUUUGUUAAUGCUAUCAAUGAUGUGUCAAAGGGCCAACUUCCGAGUGAAAGUUUGAAUCUACUGAGACGUCUGCAAAGAGCCCUCCCACCUGGAGAUAAUCCUAUGCGUCUUUUUGCAAGAAAUUUUGACAAGGAAAUAUUUAACUCGUCACUAUUAAUAGAUUUACCUGGAGAAAUCAAAACCUUCAAUGCAAUUGAUGAAGGGGAUGCUAAUUAUUUAGAAAAAAUUCCUGUGCCAAAAUGUUUGUAUUUAAAAGAAAAUUGUCCUGUUAUGCUUGUUAAAAAUUUAAGCAAUACCUUAGUAAAUGGUCUUCAAGGAAAAGUUUUAAGCAUAUCAAAAGAUUCAGUCACGGUGACAUUCAGUAAUACAGUGACAGAGUUAAAGAAAGAAGUUUUCACUGCAUAUAGCUCGGAGGAUGAAAAAGUUGUUGCGAGCAGAACCCAAAUUCCGUUAGUGGUUGCAUUUGGUAUAACCAUUCACAAAGCUCAAGGUUUGACAUUGGACAGAGUUGAAGUAGAUUGUUCAAAUAUAUUUAAAGCAGGCAUGUUGGGAGUUGCGAUUGGACGGGCAAGAAAGAAGAAAGGAUUGAGACUAUUAAACUUUCACCCAAGCAAUGUGUUGAAACCAGAUGCUGCUAUUUUUGAUUUCUACAGCAAGGAAUCAUUUCCAUUUGUUCCUAAAUUAGAAUGCUGCAAAAUUUCAUAUUCAUUGGAAGAAGAUUUGAACAAAGAUUUUGAAAACAAACUUUUAUCUUCAGACUCGGAACUGUCAGACUUUGAUUCAGAUGAAAUACUUGAAAUUGACAGAAUGUGUAAUCAAUCUUUAUCUGAAAAUGUUAGUUCUCAAACUCAACAUCUACAGGAAUCUUCAGAGACACAGCAGACUGAAUGUCUUAUAGACUUUGCAGAGAUAAUUUCGAGCAUACAAGGCAUGCUUGUACAGACAGAUGAGCAAAAAUUAAUACAUUCUGGACUGACUGAUCUCAUUGAAAAACAUGAAACCGAUGCAAGAACAUUUUUAAGUAAACUUUAUCAUAAACUCUCAACAAUAUACUCUGAACUUUGCAGUACAAGUGAGGGAAAAAAAACAGACUCAAAGAAUUGGACCAAAUAUUAUUCCGAGUUGUAUAAAUUCACAAAUUCGGAUAAAUAUAAAUCAAUGAUUGAAGAAUGUGUUCAUCACAAUGCUGCUGAGCAUGAUUUUUUGACUUUUAGCAAGUUAUUUGACAUAGUUUCACACUUUGUAUUAGAAGAAAAAGCAAAGGCUUUGAAAACCGCUCCAACCCAAGGUUCAAAACAAGACUAUCUUACAGUGGACUCCUCUGAUGUAGGCAAACUUAGAUAUAUAUGUGGCAGGUGUGUUGCCAAAUCUAAACAUUAUUUUAUGAAAUUAGGGAGAAAUAACAUGUACAAAAAAGACAAAGUGAUAGUUGUUUCUGGCUGUUUUCUGAAAGUGAAAAUGUUGGAUUUUUUAACUUCUACCUAUGUUGAAUUGAUGGAUAAGAGCAUCUACAAAGAAACUCUUGAAGAGACAAGAAGACACCAGAACAUUUCCCAGGGAUUGACAAAUAUCAAAGACAAUGUCUUAGACUUUUUCAUUAAAGUGGAUAAGAUGAAGUCCCAACUUUAUGAACAGGCAUUUCAUAUGCAAGGUUCAAAUGUCUUAAAUUUUGUAAAUGAAAAACUCUCAAAAAAUGAGGAACUAUUUAACUCAUUCAAGCACUUGUUACAGAACUUUGAUUUUAAUGAAUCAUUUCUAAAAUGUGAUGUGAACAUGGCAUUGAAAAGUUUAAAAGAACUCUAUGAUGAUAUGAUCUGGAGAUUUUGUCGUGUUGCAGAUAACCAGUUCAGAAAGGAUAUGAUCAAAGUUUUCAGAAAGCAAAAAACGGACACUCUGAGAAAGCGAGUUGUGGAAUCAUCAGCCUCAAGUGUUUUAAAAGACGGUACAACCAAACUUACAAUGAUGUACAUAAACAAUGAUGACUCUCCUGGAAAACUACGAUCUCAUUUGAAAAUCCAAUCUCUCAUUUUGGAAACUGGACCUUUAGCUUUAAAAGGAUUUUCAAAGACACUACUACUUAAUAUUGCUAAAGCCUACAAUUUAACACAGUCAAUGAAAAGUACUAAAGCAACCAUAAUUGACAACCUAAUUCAUCACAUUCCAAACUGUCCAGGUAUUCCCAACACUGAUGUUCUUACUAGUGAUGAUGCACCAGAGUUACCUUCAGAGGAGGCUGUUCCAUCAAGUAGCAGUGUACAAACUCAGUCAGAGAAAACAGUUGGUAGAAAAAGAAAAGUUAAGUCAGUUUAUACAAGAAAGAAAAGAAAAACCCAAACUGUGGUUGCUGAAUUUGAAAGUAAAGAUGAAACUGUGUGUUCCAACUGUGGUCUUGUUAAAACCGAUGAAGAUGACUGGAUUCAAUGUGACAUUUGUGAUGAAUGGUAUGAUAGAAUAUGCCAGAAUAUAGAUGGGAAAGCUUUAAAAACUAUUAGAGAUCAUGGAGUUUGGUAUUGUAAGAAGUGUUGUGAAUGAAGGCAAAGUUAAAGAUGACAAGAUGGAAAUGUGAGUGAUAUCAUAAAAACUAUCUAUGACAGUUUGAUAAUCUUAAAAUUCAGGAUCAUUGAGUUUAUUGAGGUCAUGGACUUGUCCAUUAUAUGUUCACUUGUCUCAGUUUUUUGGGAGGUAUUUCCGCAACAAAUGGAGAUGCAGAGUGUCUUCCAGAAUUUGACUUUUUGGACACAACGGUUUCCCCUAUUAUGACACUGUUGAUGCCAGUUCUAUAAGAAUUGUCUUGGGUCCCCAAAAAACGACACCAGUAUGCUAGAUGCCUUAAGGAACUCUACAGCUCCAGAAAGAGCAGCCUUACCAGCUUCACCGAGAGUGUUGCUGGUUUUUGAAGUGCCUGGCAACCAUUUCGGUAGACAGUGGUUCAUUUUCGGGGAAAUGCAUUUUAAGAAAUGUUUGAUUGUUGCUGGACCCAUCCAUACAACAGUAGAUUGGUUUGAACCCCCAUUCAUACAAAGAAUCGAUGCAUUUCCAGGUGGACACAAAUAUAUCAGCUGGACAAAAUUGUGUGGUCGGAUAAUUUGCAAAUGGCCAACGAAAGCCAGUCCUCCUGAAUGGACAUCUCAUCAAGGAUUAUACCACCAUACAGACCUUCGUUACUAAUAUUUGAGUUAAUAGCUUCAUUCCUCAUCCACUGCAUCAUUUCAGGAAUGAUUCCAGGUCUCUGUUUUACAGCUGAUUUGUAGAGGUACAGAAGGCUUUCAGACGGAAGAUUUACCCAUCCAUUUUUGUGAUGUCCCUAUAGGCUGAGGGGUUUCUAUUGUACAAGACUUUCAGCCACUGGAGAAAAUGUCCACUUCACCAGGAUUCAGGGGCGCUCCAUGACAAAGAGAGAAUGUAUUAAGUGUUCUGAAUAGGCCAUCCACUGCUGUUGUGUUGAACUUUAUAUGGUUGGAUAUCAG